CAAAGAAAUCACUGCAUAUCAAAACUGCAGGCUUUGGAGCUGCAGUAGUUCCAAGCAUCGCAUGAGUACUUUAUACCGCAAGUCCACAACCUUCUGACGGAUUUUCACUUUUACGCAGGAGGUUACAGAAGAAGGAUGCGGCUUCUGCCAGGCGCUUUUCUUCUGCAUGCUCUCCUGGCCGUGAGAUGCGCGCCUUUGCAUGAGGGACGAGGGCUGACAAAACACAAACAACCCACGGGUUGGCCACAGCAUCCCCAUUCUCACUAUGAGAAGAAUCGAGGCAAAGCCUCCCACACUCAGGACACCUUCAAACAAGCAUGGCCGAAGGGUGAAGCACAACUCAGGAACAGCUCCUCUGGGCCCAUGCGCUGCGGGGUUCCAGAUUAUCCCGACCAGAGAGAGGUGCAUCUCAGCAGACGGCAUCGGCAAAAACGAUUCGUGAUUUUUGGAGGACGCUGGUCCAAAUCAGACCUGACAUACAAAAUCCAGCGUUUCCCAUGGCAGAUGACUGAGGAUAAAGUGAGGGGCGUAUUAAGGGAAGCUCUUAAAGUCUGGAGUGAUGUAACACCCCUCACCUUCACUGAGGUCAUUAACCAAGAGGCUGACUUUGUCAUUGACUUCACAAGGUACUGGCAUGGUGAUAAUUUGCCAUUCGAUGGACCUGGUGGCAUCCUUGCUCACGCUUUUUUCCCAAGGACACACCGAGAAGGAGACAUCCAUUUCGACUACGAUGAGUCUUGGACAGUGGGCAAUGAACUUGGAACAGACCUCCUGCAGGUGGCAGCUCAUGAGUUUGGUCACGUCCUGGGUCUUCAGCACUCCAUGGAGCCUGGAGCCAUCAUGUCUCCAUUUUACAGCUUCUCCUAUCCCCUGCAGCUCAGCGAGGAUGACAAAAAAGGGAUACAAUAUCUCUACGGUCCCCGGCCGCAAGCCCAACACCAAAUCCCUACAGAAACCAAUGAGAUUAUCACCAGUGCACCUGACGCCUGUCACAUGGACUUUGAUGCUGUGUCUGUAAUCCGUGGGGAACUGUUCUUCUUCAAGGCCGACUAUGCCUGGCGCAUCAGGGAGGGCCGUCUGCAGGCGGGAUACCCUGCCCUGGCCUCCCGACACUGGAGGGGCAUUCCAGAGAACAUCGACGCCGCCUACGAAGACAAAAAGGGCAAUAUCUGGUUCUUUGAAGGUUCCAACUACUGGGUGUUCGAUGCAGAGCACAGGAUAGCAGGUCCAGACCAUCUAGAGACUUUAGGUCUUCCGAACACGCACAUUCAGGCAGCAUUGCGCUUAAAGGAGCACCACGGCCACCAAACAUACUUCUUCAAGUCUGGAAGGUACUGGCGUUUGGACCCACAGGAGAACAGAGUGGAAGCAGGUUUCCCACGCAGCAUCAAGCAGGAUUGGUGGGGUGUCCCUGAUGACAUCGAUGCCGCCUUUCAGGAUACCCAUGGUUAUGCAAUCUUUAUCAGUCGUAGACAGUACUGGAAGUUCGAUCCAGUUCAGCGCAAGGUUCUGGAGGGUUACCCACGAUAUGUUGGUCAGGAUUUCUUUGGAUGCAGCAUUCGAUAAACUCAGGAAGCUUUCAGUCUUCUGCACAGUUUUCACACUCUCCGGUCUAAAGCACAUC